UCCGGGUCAGUCGGUUUCCCUGACUGUGUGUGCAUGAUCCUACACACGUGUUGGUUCAGCAUUAAAUCUGUAACUUCUACCCUAACAGGCAGCAUUAGUUGUUAAGAACCAAGAGGAGAGGAGAAGAGAGGAGACUUCCUGCCGCCAUGGGCCCGCUACGCUCAAAGAAGCGCCGGCCGACGUUCCGCCGUCUGUUGAAGACGAGCGGCAUGAAGCUGGAGAACAAGAUGAAGAACCGACAGAUGAAGCAGCAGAAUGUGGCCAAGAAGCAGCGCAAGGAGCAGAAGAGGCUGCGGCAGGCCAUGAAGGGCGCCAGCCUGCAGAUGCCCCGCCCCCUGGAGACGUACAGGAAGAGACCAGAGGAAGAGGAGGAGGAAGAGUUCCUGGACAGCCUUCCCACAGACAUGAUGGAUGAUGCAGACUUGGAACAGUUGACCGCCAUGGCCCAGAAAGCCUCCUUUAUAACCAGAGACCUGUCGUCAUGUGGGCCAGUCCACAGUGGCAAGAAGAGGAGCGCCGACGUGGUCCGCGGUUACGAGAAGGUUCCUAGAAAGAUGGCGAGGGUGGAGGAGAAGGAGAUGAUCCAGCUGCUUCCCAUUAAAGACAAAAGUGGAGUGAUCCCGAGGAGCAUGGAGAAAGUUAAACCGCAUCCAAAGGACAAAGAAGAGGAAGAAAAUGAUGAAGAACCUGCAGAAACAGCAGAGCAGCAGGAGGAAGAGGGCGCCUCAUCCAGCUAUAUGGGCUUGACGCCGGAGGAGAGGGAACGUUACAGAGUCCAUACACUAAAAAUGAAGAAGCAACGCAUCGCCAGCCUGGCUUCAGCCAUCAUCUCAGACCCGCUGAACAACACCAAGCGUAUGAAGGAGCUGCGGGGGAUGAUGAUGGAGUCUGACCCAAGCGUUGCCGUUUCGGUGAGGAAGAUGGUGAUGGUUUCUCUCAUGGAGGUGUUUAAGGACAUCGCCCCCACCUACAAGAUCCGACCUCUGACCGCUGCAGAGAAAAGCACCAAGGUGAAGAAAGAGACGCAGCAGCUUAGAGAGUUUGAGGAAAGCCUUGUGAGCCAAUACAAGUUUUACCUGGAAGACCUGGAACAGACCAUCAAAGACUGGAAGCAGAAGAAGAGGAAACGAGUCCAGGCGGUGAGCUUCCAGUCGUACCGCGGCCUGGCGGAGGUGUCCAUCCGCUGCCUGUGUGAGCUGCUGCUCACCAUGCCGCACUUCAACUUCCACAACAACAUCAUCGUCGUCCUCGUUCCUCUGAUGAACGACCCUCUGAAGAAGGUGUCGGACAUGUGCUGUGACGCAUUUAAGAAGCUCUUCCAGGAUGACAGAAUGGGCGGGGCAUCCCUGGCUACCGUCAGGGUCAUCUCUGGCCUCGUAAAGAGCCUCAACUACAACAUCAAACCAGAGGUGCUUCGAACUCUGCUGAGUCUGAGGAUCAAAGAGGUGGAGAUGAAAAGGGAUCUGGAGGCCAUGGCCCCCAAGAAGAAGUUCAUGACCAACAAAGAGAGAAAAAAGAACCUGUCCAGGAUGCAAAGGAAGUGGAAGAAGGCGGAGGAAAAGCUGGAAAAGGAGCUUUUGGAGGCCGAAGCUUCAGAAAACAAAGAGAAGAAGAUUAAGCUGCACACAGAGACUUUGAACAUCGUCUUCCUGACCUACUUCAGGAUCCUGAAGAAAGCUCAGAGAUCUGUUCUCCUCCCUGCUGUCCUGGAAGGGCUGGCCAAUUUUGCUCACCUGAUCAACCUGGAGUUCUUUGAUGAUCUGCUGAAAGUGCUGCAGAACCUCAUCCAAUCCGGAGAUCUGACCAAUCGGGAGAGUCUACACUGCAUCCAGACAGUCUUCACCAUCCUUUCUGGGCAAGGUGAAGCCCUGAACAUCGACCCUCUGAACUUCUACUCUCAGCUUUACAGGAUUCUGAUGCAUCUUCAUGCAGGGGCUCCCAAUGAUGACGUCACCAUUUUGCUACGGUGUCUGGACGCUAUGUUGACCCGCCGCAGGAAGCAGGUGACCCUCCAGAGGGCCAUGGCCUUCGUCAAACGUCUGAGCACGCUCAGUCUGCAUGUCCUGCCCAACGCCAGCGUUGGAAUCCUUGCAGCAAACCGAGCCACUAUGCACGCGUUCCCCAAGUGCGACUUUCUUUUGGAUAACGAGAUUCAGGGCAGCGGGUUUUACCUACCAGAGCUGGACGAACCUGAGCAUUGCAACGCCCAGAACUCUGCACUCUGGGAGCUCCACCCACUUCAGAGACAUUUCCACCCAGUUGUUCAGCUUUUUGCACGUCAUUUGAGUCGGGGAGCUCCCAGUGACGGCUCAGGAGCGCUCAGUCUGGAGCUCUGCCGCAGGUCUCCAAUGGACCUGUUUGCAGACUACAGCGUCAAAGACAUGACCUUUAACCCUGCUGUGGCUUCGCCUCCCUCAAAGAAAAAGGAUAAGUUUGUGGUUGGAGCAUCGCUGCUGGACGACGAGCUGCAGAAACAAGUAGAUUGCAUCUUAAAAAUGUCAGAGGACACAAAACUGGACUUUGCUAAAGCACGGCACUGACACACACCCCCCCCGCCUCACAGGGAGGCUCCUGCUGGAUGGUGACCAGAGGCAGACAGUCUGAUAUGUUUGUCAGACGGCAGGAAUCAGCUGAAGGACCUGCCAGCCUGAUGCUUUACCUGCUCUGGACUAUUAUUUGCUGCAUUUUUUCACUUUUUACUGCUUUUCAUCAGGGUGGAAAGUUCCAUCAAUAAUUUCCAUUUAGCUUCCAUUACUUCAGCUGGUUUCUUGCAGCUUGUUUUAGACACUCCUGUUGCCGUAUGGAGCUAAAUUGGGGCCAUAAAGUUUGUUCAGAAAAAUGUCUUUGAACUGGCAAAAAAAUAAAUGUUUUUGAGA